GGCCGCGAGAUUAGCUCACAACCUUCUGUAACUCCAGUUCGAGAGAAUCUAACAAGGCACUCAUAUGGUGCACAGUCAUUCAUACCAGCAAAAGAUCCAUACUUAGGAGAUAAAAAUAAAUAGGGGCAGAGCGCUCAGGUAAUGGUGUUGAAUGCAUUUUCUUUGCAGCAUAGGAUAGAGAGAUCAAGGAGAAAGGGAACAGUCUCUGUUGCCACUCCAUUGCUAACUCCAGUACCCUGUCAGCUUUCAAUACCCUCUUUCUUCCACCUACUGCUUCCUACUAUGCGUCCAUCCCAUAUCACAUGCAGACCACCUAUUAUUCCCAUACCUGUACUUUUCAAGGAAGAGAUGGGUUGAGUGGGUUCUAGAAUUUGGACCAGUCUGGGUAAGCAUCUGGCUAGGUGAGGAGACAGAUGCGUUUCUCAGUGAGUGAACGUGCACGUGGAAAAUCUGUUUCCAAAGAAAGAAAUUGACUGAGGGGUUAGUCGGCUGGAGGAAGUGAAGAAUAGUGGGAGUAGGCAUUCAGAGUGUGACUGGAGAGCACCACAGAGCCAGUUAGAGCUUGCUGACUGGCACCCAAAGAGCUUUUAAAUGCAGUAUCGCCCUCUGCUGAAUGCUUUCUACCUCCUGUUAGAGCAUUUCUUCUUUCUCUAGAAAUCGGCUCUGGUUUGCCUUUUACCAGCCUCCAAAGUCCUCUUUGGAAAUGCCAAUUGGCACAAGAAAGUGCUGAACUGUUUACAGUCCCUGACUAAGGUUCAGGGAGGGGAUGUGGUUUAACUGGGCCACAAAGCCCAGUACAGGACUCAUUUGCAUGGCCCCUGACGCCAUGUGACGCAGCUGGCUCCUCCUAUAUAAAGAAGCAGGAGCCGAAAUUAUCUCUGAGUCUGGGUUGGACUGGCGGCUGUGGAGUUUGUGACAUACUAGGUGACACCCUGGAGCCACUUCCUUUCAACUCCAGCUUGAAAGUGCCUGCCUGGCUCAGGGUCUGCACUGCAGCCUACUCCUAGCUCCAGGGUUUGACUGCAGCGCCAGAGCCUAUCCUGUAGCAGCGCGCCAGCAGCCACUCAAACCAACCACAGCUCCCCGGCAACCCGAAUCAUGAACACCGAAAUGUAUCAGACGCCCAUGGAGGUGGCGGUCUAUCAACUGCACAAUUUCUCCAUCUCCUUCUUCUCUUCUCUGCUUGGAGGGGAUGUGGUUUCCGUUAAACUGGAUAACAGUGCCUCCAGAGCCAGCGUGGUGGCCCUAGACAACAAGAUUGAGCAGGCCAUGGAUCUAGUGAAGAAUCAUUUGAUGUAUGCUGUGAGAGAGGAGGUAGAGGUCCUAAAGGAGCAGAUUCGUGAGCUGGUUGAGAAGAACUCGCAGCUGGAGCGUGAGAAUACCCUCCUGAAGACGCUGGCGAGCCCAGAGCAGCUGGAGAAGUUCCAGUCCCGGCUGAGCCCUGAAGAGCCAGCUCCUGAAGCCCCAGAAACCCCAGAAGCCCCUGGUGGUUCUGCGGUGUAAGUGGCUCUGUCCUUAGGGUGGGCAGAGCCACAACUUGUUCUACCUAGUUCUUUCCAGUUUGUUUUUUGGCUCCCCAAGCGUCAUCUCAUGUGGAGAACUUUACACCUAACAUAGCUGGUGCCAAGAGAUGUCCCAAGGACAUGCCCAUCUGGGUCCACUCCAGUGACAGACCCCUGACAAAGAGCAGGUUUGGAGACUGAGUUGCACGGGGCCUAGUAACCCCAAGCCAGUGAGCUUGUCGUGCCACCGGGCCCUGGGGGCUCCCAGGGUCUGGGCAACUUAGUUCCAGCUGGCCAAGGAGAAAGUAGUUUUGAGAUGGAAUGCCAAUAUGCUCCAGAAAGUGUAAGGGGUCUGUUUUCAUUUCCAUGGACAUCUUCCACAGCUUCACCUGACAACGACUGUUCCUAUGAAGAAGCCACUUGUGUUUUAAGCAGAGGCAACCUCUCUCUUCUCCUCUGUCUUCCAGACGGGGACAGAGAUGGGAGAGAUUGAGCCAAAUCAGCCUUCUGUUGGUUAAUAUUGUAUAAUGCAUGGCUUUGUGCACAGCCCAGUGUGGGAUUACAGCUUUGGGAUGACUGCUUAUAAAGUUCUGUUUGGUUAGUAUUGGCAUAGUUUUUCUAUAUAGCCAUAAAUGCGUAUAUAUAUACCCAUAGGGCUAGAACUAUAUAUUAGUGUAGUGAUGUAUACAUAUACACAUACACAUACAUGUUGAAGGGCCUAACCAGCUUUGGGAGUACUGACUGGUCUCUUAUCUCUUAAAGCUAAGUUUUUGACUGUGCUAAUUUACCAAAUUGAUCCAGUUUGUCCUUUAGAUUAAAUAAGACACGAGAUAUAAGGGAGGGAGAGGGAGACCAGCCUCACCAUGCGGCCACAGAUGCCUUGCUGCUGCAGCCCUCCCCAAUCUGUCCACUGAAGACAUGAAGUCCUUUUGAAUGCCAAACCCACCAUUCAUUGGUGCUGACUACAUAGAAUGGGGUUGAGAGAAGAUCAGUUUGGACUUCACAUUUUUGUUUAAGCUUUGGGUCGUUUUUUUUUUUUUGUUUUUGUUUGUUUUUGUUUGUUUUUUUUUUUUUUUUUAAGUUCUUGUAAAACUUUGGGAUUAGUCAAAGGAUGGAGUCCUGUGGUAGACGAGAAGAGUAAUAGUUUUGAUCCCUUCGGGGCCUGGAAAAUGUACCCAGGAAGCUUGUGUAAGAAGGUUCUGUGACAGUGAACACUUUCCACUUUCUGACACCUUAUCCUGCUGUAUGUCUCCAGGAUUUGGAUUUUGAUUUUUCAGAUGUAGCUUGAAAUUUCAAUAAACUUUGCUCUUUUUUCAAAAAAUCAA